AUGAAAUCUAUAACUGCAAGAGGGAUGUUCUGCUCCUUCCUCGUUCUCCUUCUUUCCUCCUGCCUCGCCGUCUCCACGGACAGCCAUGAGAGGGCCAUGGCCGGCGGCGGCGGCGGUAAAAAGAACACCGCCUUGUUCCUCCUGACCGGCUACAAGCCGCUGCCCGCCGGGCCCAAAGUGGCGCCCAAAGCGGCCGAGGUGGAGGACGGAGACGAUCCCCCGGCGAUGGCCGAGCUCCCCCCGAAGCCCCUCCCCCAGACCAUGUUGCCAAGGAACAUGACGGCCGACGCCCUGAAGCCGCCGCUCGGCGCCGCCCAGGUGGCUCCGCCUCCAAGACAGCUGGUGGACGUGGACGUGUGCAGGGGUUACUACGACGUGAUGGGGCACUUCGACAGCACCUUCAACUGCUCCAAGGGCAGCUACAUCUACUGCUGCGGGACCUGCCACUACCGGUUCUGCUGCGAGCACCAGAGGAGCCGGCUGGACCAGGAGUCCUGCAACAACUACCACUCCCCCGUGUGGGCCGACCCGCAGGUGCCCGUCACCGUCAGCUCGGGGAACAAGCCCGACCCGGACUUUGAGACGCUGCAGCAGCAGAACAGCAGUACGGCCUACGUGAUCGGAGGUGUGAUCUCCUUCACUCUGGUGGUGGCUGUGGGCGUCAGGAUCGCCUUCAGCAAGGUGGCCCGUCGACCCCGAAACAGAGACAUCAACAUGCCCAGAUCACUGGUGGACAUCCUCCGUCACCAGUCGAGCCCGGUGCAGCAGGGGGAGAGGAACAACUCCGCCCUGUUGACGGCCACCACCGCAGACGGUCGGACGUCCAAGAACCACUACACCCCCAUCCUGCAGAGCAAAGACAACCGCACUGGGAACUUGCCCCACCAUUUUAACCAGCAGGGGUCUGCCUCCAGCCCCAAACACUCUGCUACCAUCGAGCGAGGCGCCCGUAUGAACAACACCUCCCAGCUCUCCUCUGGACCCAGCCUGCUGUCCGGUAGCGGUAAAGGUGGAGUCGGCGGAGGCGUCGGAGGCGGCAGCAUCUUCGGCGGUGGCAUGAGACACAACAGCAGCCACCCGUCCUUCUCCCACUCCUUCCACAACCUCGCCCAGCUGCCGCCGUCCUACGAGACGGCCAUGAAACCCGAGAUCAACCGCUACAGCUCGCUGAAGAGGCUGGAGAAAGAACUUGACGAGUACUCGAACUACUACAACUCCAAGCGCCGCUCCAACAACGCUCCGCCCUCCUUCUACUCCUCGCAGCACUACCUGCCGUGGGGGGGCGAGUACACGCUGGGAUCCAGAGGCACGCUGCCCCUCCACGGCUCCAGGCCCCGCCUCCACAUCCCCGCCUCCACGCCCAACCCGUACCCGCUGCCCGCCCAGACGCACUACACCAGCUCCUCCUUCGACAGGCCGCCGCGCCGCGUCCGCUCCCAGGACCAGCUGCUCGGGGAGGGCAACACGCUGUCGCGCCUCUCCAAGAACCAGCAACACCAGUACUACAAAGCCAUGAUGAGCACCAGCAGGGGCUCCAACUCACAGACGCUCCGCAGGUCCCAUGAGAGGCUCCUGGUCUCCCCCGACCGACUGGAGGACCGGCUGAUGAUGGGCCUGAUAAUGGGAGGAGGAGGGGGAGGAGGAGUUGACAGAGGGGCAGGAAGCGGGAUGGUGCCGACCAUGGGCCGUCUCAGCCACCACCAGAAGGCCCAGUCGCAGCAGAACAUCUGCGCCACGCCGUCGAUGGAACGCCACCACAUGAUCAAGAUGAACUCCCACCCGACGCCGGGCCACGACCACGACCGCGACCGUGAACGUGAACGCAGCUCCGGCGGCAUGUCCGGCAUGCACGGCGGCUGGGACCCCCACGGCGGGGCACGGGGAGGCCACCCCAACGCCCGACGGAUGGCCUUCGCCAACAAGAGGCAGAACACCAUCGAACAGCUGCACUUCAUCCCCGGAGGCGGAGGGGUGCAGGGACUGCGGACUGGGAGUAAGAACGAGGUGACGGUGUGA